GGCUUGGGCGGAGGCAGCGGCGGCUUGAAGGCUGUCUCCGCGGGCCUCUGCGGGUCUGGUCCUCCUUUCCGCAGAGUGACGAGGACGGCCGGCGGCUGUGGCGGCGCGGGCCUGGACCCGGAGCUAGGCCGAGCCGAGCGCCGCGGGCUUUGGCACGGCCGCCGGACCUGGGCCUGCGCGGGGCGUCGGCAGCGCGCGUCGCGGGCUGUCUUUCCAUUUCUAAGUCUGACAACUGGGAAGAAACAGGAGGAAAGAUGCCUUCUGAUUCUUUCUGUUUGGCUGCCCAGGAUCGACUUGACUCCAAAUGGUUGAAAACGGAUAUACAGCUUGCAUUCACGAGAGAUGGACUCUGUGGUCUGUGGAAUGAAAUGGUUAAAGAUGGCGAAAUUGUAUAUAUUGGGGCGGAGUUAACCCAGAAUGGAGAGCUUCCACCUAGAAAAGAUGAUGGUGUUGAUACUCAGAGUGGAACAAAGAAAGAAGAUGCGAAUGACAAAGAGAAAAAGGAUGAAGAAGAAGCUCCUGCAGCUGCAUACAGGGCCAAAUCAAUCUUAGAGAGCUGGGUGUGGGGCAAACAGCCAGACGUGCGUGAGCUGAAGGAAUGUCUGUCUGUGUUGGUGAGAGAGCAGCACGCUCUGGCCAUGCAGUCAGCCGCCAGCACCCUCUCCGCCCUGAGACUCAAGCAGAGGCUGGCCAUCCUGGAGCGCUAUUUCAUCGCCUUGAAUAGAACUGUUUUCCAGGAGAACGUCAAAGUGAAAUGGAAAAGCAGCAGCAUUUCUUUGCCCCCUGUGGACAAAAAAAGUUCCCGGCCCUCUGGCAAAGGGGUGGAAGGACUUGCGAGAGUCGGAUCCCGGGCAGCCCUGUCUUUCGCCUUUGCGUUCCUGCGCCGGGCCUGGCGGUCAGGGGAGGAUGCGGACCUGUGCAGCGAGCUGUUGCAGGAGUCCCUGGAGGCGCUGAGAGCCCUGCCCGAGGCCUCACUUUUCGAUGACAGCGCGGUGUCCUCUGUGUGGCUGGAGGUGGUGGAGAGAGCCACCAGGUUCCUCAGGGCCGUCGUUACGGGGGACGUGCAUGGGCCGCCGGGGAGCAAAGGGCCGGGAGGCGUCCCCCUGCAGGACCAGCGUCUGGCCCUGGCCAUCCUCUUAGAGCUGGCUGUGCAGAGAGGCACGCUGAGCCAAAUGUUAUCUGCCGUCCUGUUGUUGCUUCAGCUGUGGGACAGUGGGGCCCAGGAGGCGGACAAUGAGCGCUCCGCCCAGGGCACUAGUGCCCCCCUCCUCCCUUUGCUGCAUCGAUUCCAGAGCAUGAGCUGUGGGAAAGAUGUCCCUCACACUGAGGGUGACACUCACCUUCUGUCCGGCCCUCUGAGCCCCAACGAGAGUUUCCUGAGGUACCUCACUCUUCCCGAAGACAGUGAGCUCGCCAUCGACUUGCGGCAGACUGCAGUGGUCGUCAUGGCUCACCUGGACCGCCUGGCCACCCCCUGCAUGCCGCCGCUCUGCAGCUCGCCCACGUCCCACAAGGGCUCACUGCAGGAGGUCAUAGGAUGGGGGCUCAUAGGGUGGAAGUACUAUGCUAACGUGAUCGGCCCGGUCCAGUGUGAGGGCCUCGCCGGCCUGGGGGUCACGCAGAUCGCCUGUGCCGAGAAGCGCUUCCUGAUCCUGUCGAGGACCGGCCGUGUGUACACACAGGCCUACAACAGCGACACGCUGGCCCCACAGCUGGUCCAGGGUCUUGCCUCCAGAAACAUUGUCAAAAUUGCUGCCCAUUCUGAUGGUCACCACUACCUGGCCUUGGCAGCCACCGGAGAGGUGUACUCCUGGGGCUGUGGGGAUGGCGGACGGCUGGGCCACGGGGACACUGUGCCUCUGGAGGAGCCCAAGGUGAUCUCUGCCUUCUCGGGGAAACAGGCUGGGAAACACGUGGUGCACAUUGCGUGUGGGAGCACGUACAGCGCGGCCAUCACCGCUGAGGGCGAGCUGUACACCUGGGGCCGGGGCAACUACGGCCGGCUGGGCCACGGUUCCAGUGAGGAUGAGGCCGUUCCUAUGCUGGUGGCUGGCCUCAAAGGGCUGAAGGUCAUUGACGUGGCGUGCGGGAGUGGGGACGCCCAGACCCUGGCCGUGACUGAGAACGGUCAAGUGUGGUCUUGGGGAGAUGGCGACUACGGGAAAUUGGGCAGAGGUGGUAGUGAUGGCUGCAAAACGCCAAAGCUGAUCGAAAAGCUUCAGGACUUGGAUGUCGUCAAAGUUCGAUGUGGAAGUCAGUUUUCUGUGGCUUUGACAAAAGAUGGCCAAGUGUAUUCAUGGGGGAAAGGUGAUAACCAGAGACUUGGGCACGGGACAGAGGAGCACGUCCGUUACCCCAAACUCCUGGAGGGUCUUCAAGGCAAGAAGGUGAUUGAUGUGGCUGCAGGCUCCACCCACUGCCUGGCUCUGACUGAGGACAGCGAGGUCCACAGCUGGGGGAGCAACGACCAGUGCCAGCACUUUGACACCUUGCAUGUGACCAAGCCCGAGCCUGCUGCGCUGCCAGGGCUGGAUACUAAACACAUAGUUGGAAUUGCCUGCGGACCUGCCCAGAGUUUUGCUUGGUCAUCUUGCUCUGAGUGGUCCAUUGGCCUCCGGGUCCCAUUUGUGGUGGACAUCUGUUCAAUGACUUUUGAGCAGCUGGACCUCCUCCUGCGGCAAGUGAGUGAGGGCAUGGAUGGCACCGCUGACUGGCCCCCACCCCAAGAGAAAGAAUGCGUGGCCGUAGCAACGCUGAGCCUUCUUCGACUUCAGUUGCAUGCUGCCAUUAGUCACCAGGUUGACCCAGAGUUCCUUGGUUUAGGUCUGGGCAGCGUCCUCCUCAACAGUCUGAAGCAGACGGUGGUGGCCCUGGCCAGCAGUGCAGGCGUGCUGGGCACGGUGCAGGCGGCCGCCCAGGCUGUGCUGCAGAGCGGGUGGUCCGUGCUGCUGCCCACCGCCGAGGAGCGGGCCCGUGCGCUCUCUGCUCUGCUGCCCUGUGCAGUUUCAGGCAAUGAAGUUAACAUAAGUCCGGGUCGUCGAUUCAUGGUUGAUCUUCUAGUGGGCAGUCUGAUGGCUGACGGAGGCUUAGAGUCGGCCUUGAAUGCAGCCAUUACUGCCGAAAUCCAGGACAUCGAAGCCAAAAAAGAAGCACAGAAGGAAAAAGAGAUUGAUGAACAGGAAGUGGAUGCCUCAGCAUUCCAUAGAAGUAGGACUCCAUUGGAUAAGGAUCUCAUCAACACGGGGAUCUAUGAAUCUUCCGGAAAACAGUGUUUGCCUCUGGUGCAGCUCAUACAACAGCUUCUUCGAAACAUUGCUUCUCAGACAGUAGCCAGGUUGAAAGACGUUGCCCGUCGGAUUUCAUCACGUCAAGACUUGGAGCAACAUGGCCGUGACAGCUCGGCCUCACUGGAUUUGCUGCUGCGUUUUCAGCGCCUGCUCAUCAGUAAACUUUAUCCAGGAGAAAGCACAGGGCAGACCCCAGAGAGCUGCAGUCCUGAGCUGAUGGGGGUUGGCUCCUUGCUGAAGAAGUACACGGCCCUUCUGUGCACGCACAUCGGGGACACACUGCCCGUGGCCACCAGCAUCGCCUCCACUAGCUGGCGGCACUUCGCAGAGGUGGCCUGCAUUGUGGAAGGGGACUUCACCGGUGUUCUCCUUCCAGAACUAGUAGUUUCUAUAGUGCUUCUGCUCAGUAAAAAUGCUGGUCUCAUGCAGGAGGCUGGAGCUGUCCCUCUGCUGGGUGGCCUGUUGGCACAUCUGGAUCGCUUUAACCACCUGGCACCAGGGAAGGAACGGGACGACCAUGAAGAGCUAGCCUGGCCCGGCAUCAUGGAGUCAUUUUUUACAGGUCAGAACUGUAGGAAUAAUGAGGAGGUGACACUUAUACGCAAAGCUGAUUUGGAGAACCACAACAAAGACGGGGGCUUCUGGACUGUGAUUGACGGGAAAGUGUACGAUAUAAAGGACUUCCAGAUCCAGUCCUUAACAGGGGGUAGCAUUCUUGCUCAGUUUGCAGGGGAAGACCCAGUGGUGGCUUUGGAAGCUGCUCUGCAGUUCGAGGACACACGAGAGUCCAUGCACGCCUUCUGUGUUGGCCAGUACCUGGAGCCUGACCAGGAAGUUGUCACCGUACCAGAUCUGGGGAGUCUGUCUUCACCUCUGAUGGACACAGAGAGGAAUCUGGGCCUGCUGCUCGGACUACAUGCUUCUUAUUUGGCUAUGAGCACACCGCUGUCUCCUGUGGAGGUCGAAUGCGCCAAGUGGCUACAGUCAUCCAUCUUCUCUGGAGGCCUGCAGACCAGCCAGAUCCACUACAGCUACAACGAGGAGAAGGACGAGGACCACUGCAGCUCUCCCGCAGGCGCGCCUGCCAACAAGUCCCGUCUCUACCCCCACAGGCGCGCCCUGGCCGACCACUCCCAGGCCUUCCUGCAGGCUCUGGCUGACAAUGACACCCAGGACCACACCGUGAAGGACUUCCUGUGUCAGAUAGAAAGGUACUGUAGGCAGUGCCACCUGACCACACCCAUCACGUUUCCUGCCGAGCACCCUGUGGAAGAGGUGGGCCGCCUGCUGUUCUGUUGCCUCUUGAAGCAUGAAGAUCUAGGUCACGUGGCACUGUCUUUGGUCCAUGCCAGCGCACUGGGUAUCGAGCACAUGAAGCAUAGAGUGUUGCCUAAGUCUGUGGUGGAUGUUUGUAGAGUGGUCUACCAAGCGAAAUGCUCGCUCAUUAAGACACACCAAGAACAGGGCCGAUCCUACAAGGAGGUCUGUGCUCCAGUCAUCGAACGUUUGCGGUUCCUCUUUAAUGAGCUGCGACCAGCAGUUUGUAAUGACCUCUCCAUCAUGUCCAAGUUUAAACUGUUAAAUUCUUUGCCUCGCUGGAGGAGGAUAGCUCAGAAGAUAAUUCGAGAACGAAGGAAAAAGAGAGUUCCUAAGAAGCCAGAAUCUACUGAUGAUGAAGAAAAAAUUGGGCACGAAGAGAGUGAUUUAGAAGAAGCUUGCAUUUUGCCUCAUAGCCCUGUAAAUGUGGACAAAAGACCCAUGACAAUCAAAUCGCCCAAGGAUAAAUGGCAGCCCCUGGUGAGCACAGUCACAGGGGUUCACAGGUACAAGUGGCUGAAGCAGAAUGUCCAGGGUCUUUACCCGCAGUCUGCACUCCUCAGCAUGAUUGCCGACUUCGCCCUUAAAGAAGAGCCUGUGGACGUGGAGAAGAUGAGGAAGUGCCUGCUGAAACAGUUGGAGAGAGCGGAGGUCCGCCUGGAAGGGAUAGACACCAUAUUAAAACUGGCGACGAGAAACUCCUUACUCCCAUCUGUGCAGUACGCUAUGUUCUGUGGAUGGCAGAGACUCAUUCCGCAGGGGAUUGACAUAGGGGAACCCCUUACGGAUUGCUUGAAGGAUGUUGAUCUGAUCCCACCUUUCAAUCGGAUGCUGCUGGAAGUAACAUUUGGCAAGCUGUAUGCUUGGGCUGUUCAGAAUAUUAGAAAUAUUUUGAUGGAUGCAAAUGCCAAAUUUAAAGAGCUUGGUAUCCAGCCCGUGCCCCUGCAGACCAUUACCAACGAGAACCCUUCAGGACCAAGCCUGGGGACGACCCCGCAAGCUCGCUUUCUCCUGGUGAUGUUCAGCAUGCUGACCCUGCAGCACGGGGCACACACCUUGACCUUGCUGCUGAACUCCGGCACACUGGCCCUUGCACAGACAGCACUGCGGCUCAUCGGCCCUAGUUGUGAUAAUGUUGAAGAAGACAUGAAUGCUUCUUCCCGAGGAGCGUCUGCUACGGUUCUGGAAGAGACCAGGAAGGAGACGGCCCCUGUGCAGCUCCCGGGGUCCGGGCCCGAGCUGGCCGCCAUGAUGAAGAUCGGAACCAGGGUCAUGAGGGGUGUGGACUGGAAGUGGGGUGAUCAGGACGGACCGCCGCCCGGCCUUGGCCGUGUGAUUGGCGAACUGGGAGAAGACGGGUGGAUCAGGGUCCAGUGGGACACGGGCAGCACCAACUCCUACAGGAUGGGGAAAGAGGGGAAGUACGACCUCAAGCUGGUGGAGCUGCCGGCCUCCACGCAGUCCUCGGCCGAGGACUCGGACACGGAGGACGAUUCUGAAGCCGAACAAGUUGAAAGGAACACUCACCCCACUGCAGUGAUGCUUACCAGCACGGUUACCUUACUGCAAACGCUGUGUCUCUCCGCUGGGGUCCACGCUGAAGUCAUGCCGGGCGAUGCCACCAAGACGCUGUGUGGGCUGUUGCGCAUGUUGGUGGAAAGUGGGACGACAGACAAGACGUCUUCUCCAGACCGGCAGGUGCGCCGCGAGCAGCACCGCGGCUGGUGCUCGCUGGGCUUCGUGCGCAGCAUCGCGCUCACCCCGCGCAUGUGCGCCGCGCUCAGCUCCCCACGGUGGAUCGCGCUGCUCAUGGCAGUGGUGGAGGGACCUGCGCCGUGCACAGCCGCCGCGCUGCAGCGGCAGAUCCUGGCGCUGCACCUGCUGCGGGCGGUGCUGCCAUCGUGGGACCAGGCGGACAGGGUGAGGGACAUGGAGGGCCUCGUGCAGCAGCUGUUCGGCUUCCUGGGUGGCCUGCUCACCACCUGCUCCUCUGACGCGCCGCUCCUCCGAGACCCCACGGCGAGGCGGCAGGCCCGGCCACAGGCGUCCCUGACGGCCACGCACAGCAGUACGCUGGCAGAGGAGGCGGUGGCACUGCUGCGCGCGCUGCACCGGCUGGGCCAGUGGCGCGGCCUCGUGAGCGCGCACAUCAAUGCCCGGCUGCGUGCCGCGGCGCGCGGGGCAGAGCCGUCUGGGGCCCUGGCAAACGAUCGAGUGCCCGACUCUGAGGACCCAGACGUGGGCGGCCUCAUGGCGGUCCUGGCUGUGAUCGGGGGCAUUGACGGCCGCCUGCGCCUGGGCGGCCAGGUCAUGCACGACGAGUUCGGAGAGGGCACCGUGACCCGCAUCACCCCGAAGGGCAGAAUCACUGUGCAGUUCUCGGACAUGCGGCUGAGUCGUGUUUGCCCAUUGAAUCAGCUGAAACCACUCCCUGCAGUGCCCUUCAGCAUCACCAACUUGCCCUUCACUGAGCCCAUGCUCUCCGUCUGGGCUCAGUUGGUCAACCUCGCUGGAAGCAAACUGGAAAAGCACAAAAUAAAGAAAUCACCUAAACCAGGUUUUGCAGGACAUGUAGACCUGGACCUGCUGAGGUGCCAGCAGCUAAAGCUGUACAUCCUGAAGGCGGGCCGUGCACUGCUAUCCCACCAGGACCAGCUCAGGCAGAUCCUGUCGCAGCCGGCGGUGCAGGAGGCCACAGCUGCUCACACAGAUGAUGGAGCAGCUUCAUCCCCUGACCUGGGGGACUUGUCUCCUGAAGGGCCGCAGCCUCCCAUGAUCCUCCUGCAGCAGUUGCUGGCCUCGGCCACCCAGCCGUCUCCAGUCAAGGCCAUAUUCGACAAACAGGAGCUUGAGGCUGCCGCGCUGGCCGUGUGUCAGUGUCUGGCCGUGGAGUCCACUCGCCCGUCGAGCCCAGCGUUUGAAGACUGUGGCUGCAGCGAGGCCAUGGCACCCAUGCCUGCGCAGCAUGUGCGCCCCGUCCGAGCAAAGAAGCGCAGGCAGCCGCCUGCCCCUGCCCAGCCGGUGGUGGUUCAGCUCAUGGAAAUGGGGUUUCCCAGGAGGAGCAUCGAGUCUGCGCUGACGUCGCUCGCUGGUGCCUCCGGGAAUGCUGCCAGCUUGCCAGGCGUGGAGGCCUUGGUGGGGUGGCUGCUGGACCACGCUGACGUGCAGGUCACAGAUGUCUCGGACGCAGACACGGGGUCUGAGGAGUGUUCUGAUGAGGACCUGGUGGAGGAUGUAGACGACGUGGCCUACGCUGUGUCUACUGGUGCUGUUGUAACAGAGAGCCAGACUUACAAAAAACGAGCUGAUUUCUUGAGUAAUGAUGAUUAUGCCGUGUACGUGAGAGAGAACGUUCAGGUGGGAAUGAUGGUGAGAUGCUGCCGAACAUAUGAAGAAGUGUGUGAAGGAGAUGUGGGCAAAGUGAUCAAACUGGACAGAGAUGGAUUACACGACCUGAACGUGCAGUGCGACUGGCAGCAGAAAGGAGGCACUUACUGGGUCAGGUACAUUCACGUGGAACUUAGAGGCUACCCUCCACCGAGUUCUCCUUCUCACAUCAAGAUUGGUGAUAAAGUUCGUGUCAAAGUCUCAGUUACCACCCCAAAAUACAAGUGGGGCUCCGUGACUCAUCAGAGCGUCGGGGUGGUGAAAGCUUUCAGUGCCAAUGGGAAAGACGUCAUCGUCGACUUCCCUCAGCAGUGCCACUGGACUGGGCUGCUGGCAGAGAUGGAAUUGGUGCCUAGUGUCCAUCCUGGGGUCACGUGCGAUGGCUGUCAGAUGUUUCCUAUCAACGGGUCUAGAUUCAAAUGCAGAAACUGUGAUGACUUCGACUUUUGUGAAACGUGUUUUAAGACCAGAAAACAUAACAGCAGGCAUACGUUUGGCAGGAUCAACGAGCCAGGACAGUCUGCCAUCUUUUGUGGCCGUUCUGGAAAACAGCUGAAGCGGUGUCACAGCAGUCAGCCCGGGAUGCUUCUGGACAGUUGGUCCAGGAUGGUGAAGAACCUGAACGUGUCAUCCUCCGUGAACCAGGCUUCUCGGCUCAUUGAUGGCAGCGAGCCCUGCUGGCAGUCGUCUGGCUCGCAGGGAAAGCAUUGGAUUCGCUUGGAGAUGUUCCCAGAUGUUCUGGUUUAUAGAUUAAAAAUGAUAGUCGACCCUGCUGACAGCAGCUACAUGCCGUCCCUGGUCGUGGUGUCAGGUGGAAAUUCCCUAAAUAACUUAAUCGAGCUCAAGACAAUCAAUAUUAACCCCACGGACACCACAGUGCCCCUUCUGAACGACUGCACAGAGUACCACAGGUUUGUUGAAAUUGCAAUAAAGCAGUGCCGGAGCUCAGGGAUUGACUGUAAAAUCCACGGUCUCGUGCUGCUGGGGCGUGUCCGUGCUGAGGAGGAGGACUUGGCUGCCGUUCCUUUCUUAGCUUCAGAUAACGAGGAGGAGGAAGAUGAGAAAGGCAGCAGUGGCAGCCUUAUUAGAAAGAAGGCUGCGGGGCUGGAGUCGGCGGCCAGCAUAAGAACCAAAGUGUUCGUAUGGGGACUGAAUGACAAGGACCAGCUGGGCGGGCUGAAAGGCUCUAAGAUAAAGGUUCCUUCGUUCUCUGAAACACUGUCUACUCUGAAUGCAGUACAGGUGGCUGGUGGUUCCAAAAGUUUGUUUGCAGUGACCGUGGAAGGGAAGGUGUACGCCUGUGGGGAAGCCACAAACGGCCGGCUCGGGCUGGGCAUGGCCAGUGGGACGGUGCCCAUCCCUCGGCAGAUCACGGCGCUCAGCAGCUACGUGGUCAAAAAGGUGGCCGUCCACUCAGGCGGCCGGCACGCCACGGCGCUGACUGUGGAUGGCAAGGUGUUUUCCUGGGGUGAAGGUGACGAUGGCAAGCUCGGCCACUUCAGCAGAAUGAACUGUGACAAACCCCGGCUGAUCGAGGCUCUGAAAACCAAGCGGAUCCGGGACAUCGCCUGUGGGAGCUCGCACAGUGCAGCUCUUACAUCCAGCGGGGAGCUCUACACCUGGGGCCUGGGAGAGUACGGCCGUCUGGGCCACGGGGACAACACCACACAGCUGAAGCCUAAAAUGGUGAAAGUGCUGGUCGGUCACCGAGUGAUCCAGGUUGCGUGUGGGAGUAGAGACGCCCAGACCCUGGCUCUGACCGACGAAGGUUUGGUAUUUUCCUGGGGUGACGGUGACUUUGGGAAAUUGGGCCGGGGAGGAAGUGAAGGCUGCAACGUUCCCCAGAACAUCGAGAGGCUCAACGGCCAGGGCGUGUGCCAGAUCGAGUGUGGUGCUCAGUUCUCCUUGGCGCUCACCAAGUCAGGCGUGGUGUGGACGUGGGGGAAGGGCGAUUACUUCCGGCUGGGCCACGGCUCCGACGUGCAUGUGAGGAAGCCUCAGGUGGUGGAAGGACUGAGAGGGAAGAAGAUCGUACACGUGGCCGUCGGGGCCCUGCACUGCCUGGCAGUCACGGACGCAGGGCAGGUAUAUGCUUGGGGUGACAAUGACCAUGGCCAACAGGGCAAUGGCACGACCACAGUUAAUAGAAAGCCCACACUUGUGCAAGGCUUAGAAGGCCAGAAGAUCACGCGGGUGGCUUGCGGGUCUUCGCACAGUGUGGCAUGGACGACGGUCGAUAUGGCGACGCCCUCCGUCCACGAACCUGUCCUCUUCCAGACUGCAAGAGACUCGUUAGGUGCUUCCUACUUGGGUGUACCUUCAGAUGCUGACUCAUCUGCUGCCAGUAAUAAAAUCAGUAGUGCAGGGAGUGCCAAGCCAAACCGCCCUUCUCUUGCCAAGAUCCUCCUGUCACUGGAUGGAAACCUGGCCAAACAGCAGGCCUUGUCCCAUGUCCUCACAGCACUGCAGAUCAUGUACGCCAGGGACGCCGUUGUUGAGGCCCUGAUGCCGGCCAGCAUGAUCGCCCCGGUGGAGUGCAGCUCCCUGUCCUCAGCAGCCCCUGCUGACGCCUCCGCCGUGGCCAGUCCCGUGAGUGGGGAGGAGUGUAUGCUGGCCGCCGAUCCUGAAGACAGACUGAGUCCAAGUCCAUGGCAAGAGAAGAGAGGCGAGAUUGUCUCCUCCGAGGAUGCUGUGAGCCCCUCUGCAGUGACCCCAUCUGCUUCCUCCGCCUCUUCUCGGCCAUUUAUUCCGGUGACAGAUGACCCCGGAGCUGCCAGCAUCAUUGCGGAAACCAUGACCAAAACCAAAGAGGGCGUUGAAAGCCAGAGCAAAACCUCAGGCCCAGAGCCACAGUCCUUGGAUGAAUUCACCAGCCUGCUGGUCUCGGAUGACACCCGUGUCCUGGUGGACCUGCUCAAGCUGUCCGUGUGCGGCCGGGCAGGGGACAAGGGCAGGGACGUGCUAUCGGCUGUGCUGUCCGGCAUGGGCACCGCCUACCCACAGGUGGCAGAUAUGUUGCUGGAACUCUGUGUCACUGAAUUGGAGGACGUAGCCACAGACUCACAGAGCGGCCGUCUGUCCUCUCAGCCAGUGGUGGUAGAGAGUAGCCACCCCUACACAGACGACACCUCCUCCAGUGGCACAGUGAAGAUACCAGGUGCGGAAGGACUGCGGGUGGAGUUUGACCGGCAGUGCUCGACGGAGAGGCGGCACGACCCCCUCACGGUCAUGGACAGCGUCAACAGGAUUGUCUCUGUGCGCUCAGGCCGGGAGUGGUCCGACUGGUCCAGCGAGCUGCGUAUCCCAGGCGAUGAGCUCAAGUGGAAGUUCAUCAGCGAUGGGUCCGUGAACGGGUGGGGCUGGCGCUUCACCGUCUACCCCAUCAUGCCCGCUGCAGGCCCUAAAGACCUCCUUUCCGAUCGCUGUGUCCUUUCCUGUCCAUCCAUGGACUUGGUGACAUGUCUGCUGGACUUCCGGCUCAACCUUGCGUCAAACAGAAGCAUCGUCCCUCGGCUGGCAGCAUCACUGGCAGCGUGCGCACAGCUGAGCGCCUUAGCUGCCAGCCACAGAAUGUGGGCCCUUCAAAGACUAAGGAAGCUGCUUACAACUGAAUUUGGGCAAUCGAUCAACAUACACCGGCUCCUAGGAGAUAAUGACGGGGACACCAGGGCCUUGAGUUUUACCGGCAGUGCUCUAGCCGCUCUGGUGAAAGGCCUCCCGGAAGCGCUGCAGAGGCAGUUUGAGUAUGAAGACCCCAUUGUGCGGGGCGGCAAGCAGCUGCUGCACAGCCCGUUCUUCAAGGUACUGGUGGCCCUUGCUUGUGACCUGGAGCUAGACACCCUGCCCUGCUGUGCUGAGACGCACAAGUGGGCUUGGUUCCGGAGGUACUGCAUGGCCUCCCGCGUCGCUGUGGCCCUGGACCGAAGGACCCCGUUGCCCCGUGCGUUUCUCGACGAGGUGGCCAAGAAGGUCCGGGAGCUCAUGGCAGACAGCGAAAGCAUGGACGUCCUCCACGAGAGCCACGACAUCUUCAAGAGGGAGCAGGACGAGCAGCUCGUGCAGUGGAUGAACAGGCGCCCCGACGACUGGACUCUUUCUGCUGGCGGCAGCGGCACCAUCUAUGGAUGGGGACACAAUCACAGGGGGCAGCUUGGGGGCAUCGAAGGAGCCAAGGUCAAAGUCCCCAGUCCGUGUGAGGCCCUGGCGACCCUCAGGCCCGUGCAGUUAAUUGGAGGGGAGCAGACACUCUUUGCUGUGACCGCCGAUGGGAAGCUGUAUGCCACUGGGUAUGGUGCAGGCGGCCGACUGGGAAUUGGGGGGACAGAGUCGGUGUCCACCCCUACGUUACUGGAGUCCAUCCAGCACGUGCUCAUCAGGAAGGUGGCCGUGAACUCGGGUGGGAAGCACUGCCUUGCCCUCUCUUCGGAAGGAGAGGUUUACUCUUGGGGUGAAGCGGAAGAUGGGAAGUUGGGCCAUGGCAACCGAAGUCCAUGUGACCGCCCUCGUGUCAUCGAGUCUCUGAGAGGCGUUGAGGUGGUUGACAUUGCUGCUGGUGGAGCCCACAGUGCCUGUGUCACUGCAGCCGGGGACCUGUACACGUGGGGCAAAGGCCGGUAUGGCCGCCUGGGGCACAGCGACAGUGAGGACCAGUUAAAGCCAAAGCUGGUGGAGGUGCUGCAAGGCCACCGAGUGGUUGACGUUGCCUGUGGCAGUGGGGACGCCCAGACACUGUGCCUCACAGAUGACGACACUGUGUGGUCCUGGGGUGAUGGGGACUACGGCAAGCUCGGCAGGGGUGGCAGCGACGGCUGUAAAGUGCCCAUGAAGAUCGAUUCCCUCACGGGCCUCGGUGUGGUGAAGGUGGAGUGUGGGUCCCAGUUCUCCGUCGCCCUAACCAAAUCUGGCACUGUUUACACCUGGGGCAAAGGCGACUAUCACAGGCUGGGCCACGGAUCCGACGACCAUGUGAGAAGACCUCGGCAGGUGCAGGGGCUGCAGGGGAAGAAAGUCACUGCCAUUGCCACCGGCUCCCUGCACUGUGUGUGCUGCACAGAGGACGGUGAAGUCUAUACGUGGGGCGACAACGAUGAGGGGCAGCUGGGAGACGGCACGACAAAUGCCAUCCAGAGGCCCCGGUUGGUGGCCGCACUGCAGGGCAAGACGGCCAACCGAGUGGCCUGUGGCUCGGCACACACUCUCGCCUGGUCGACCAGCAGGCCCGCCAGCGCUGGGAAGCUGCCCGUGCAGGUCCCCAUGGAGUACAACCACCUGCAGGACACCCCGGUGGUGGCCCUGCGGAACCGACUGUUGCUGCUGCACCACGUCUCCGAGCUCUUCUGCCCCUGCAUCCCCAUGUUUGACCUGGAGGGCGCCCUGGACGACACGGGGCUCGGGCCGUCCGUGGGCUUCCACGCUCUGCGCGGGAUCCUGAUAUCGCAGGGGAAGGAAGUGGCUUUCCGAAAAGUAGUACAAGCAACGAUGGUGCGAGACCGCCAGCAUGGCCCCGUGGUGGAGCUGAACCGCAUCCAGGUCAAACGUUCAAGGAGCAAAGGCGGUCUAGCGGGCCCCGAUGGGACCAAGUCUGUCUUUGGGCAGAUGUGCGCCAAGAUGAGCUCGUUUAGUCCUGACAGCCUGCUCCUGCCUCACCGCGUCUGGAAGGUCAAGUUCGUGGGGGAGUCCGUGGACGACUGCGGUGGCGGCUACAGCGAGUCCAUCGCCGAGAUCUGUGAGGAGCUGCAGAAUGGACUCACCCCCCUUCUGAUCGUCACACCCAACGGGAGGGACGAGUCGGGGGCCAACCGCGACUGCUACCUGUUCAGCCCUGCUGCCCGGGCGCCCGUGCACACCAACAUGUUCCGCUUCCUCGGUGUGUUGCUGGGCAUUGCCAUCCGCACCGGGAGUCCGCUGAGCCUCAGCCUGGCCGAGCCCGUCUGGAAGCAGCUGGCUGGCAUGAGCCUCACCAUCGCCGACCUCAGUGAGGUGGAUAAAGACUUCAUCCCCGGGCUCAUGUACAUCCGUGACAACGAGGCCACCUCGGAGGAGUUCGAGGCCAUGAGCCUGCCCUUCACGGUGCCCAGUGCCAGUGGCCAGGACAUCCAGCUGAGCUCCAAGUACACGCACAUCACCCUUGACAACCGAGCCGAGUACGUCCGGCUGGCCAUAAACUACAGGCUCCAUGAAUUUGAUGAGCAAGUGUCUGCCGUUCGCGAGGGGAUGGCCCGAGUCGUGCCUGUCCCCCUGCUCUCUCUCUUCACUGGAUACGAGUUAGAGACAAUGGUAUGCGGCAGCCCAGACAUCCCUCUGCACCUGCUGAAGUCGGUGGCCACGUAUAAGGGUACCGAGCCGGGCGCACCCCUGGUGCAGUGGUUUUGGGAAGUGAUGGAGACGCUGUCCACUAGUGAGCGCUCCCUCUUCCUGCGCUUCGUGUGGGGCCGCACACGGCUGCCCAGGACCAUCGCAGACUUCCGCGGCCGUGACUUCGUCAUCCAGGUGCUGGACAAGUACAGUCCCCCCGACCACUUCCUGCCCGAGUCCUACACCUGCUUCUUCCUCCUGAAGCUGCCCCGGUACAGCUGCAAGCAGGUGCUCGCGCAGAAGCUUAAGUACGCCAUCCACUUCUGCAAGUCCAUCGACACAGAUGACUAUGCCCGUGUGGCCCUCACGGGUGGGCCGGCCACCGGCGGUAGCAGUGACAGCUCGGACAACGAGGACGUGGACUCGUUUGCUUCCGACUCCACACAGGACUACCUGACGGGACACUGAGAUGGCCGGGCGGUCGGCGUGGGGACAGUGCCCUUCCAUGCCCAGGCGGUUGGCGUGGGGACAGUGCCCCUCCAUGCCCAGGCGGUUGGCGUGGGGACAGUGCCCCUCCAUGCCUGGGUGUGGGCUAUGGGGACAGAGCCCCUCCAUGCCCAGGCGGUCGGCCUGGGGGCAGUGCCCCUCCAUGCCCAGGCGGUUGGCGUGGGGACAGUGCCCCUCCAUGCCUGGGUGUGGGCUAUGGGGACAGAGCCCCUCCAUGCCCAGGCAGUCGGCCUGGGGGCAGUGCCCCUCCAUGCCCAAGUGGUUGGCAUGGGGACAGUGCCCCUCCAUGCCCAGGCGGUCGGCGUGGGGACAGUGCCCCUCCAAGCCUGGGUGCGGGCCGUGGGGACAGUGCCCCUCCAAGCCUGGGUGCGGGCCGUGGGGACAGUGCCCCUCCGUGCCCUGCACGGGCCUGGGGACUGACGUCGGCCUUGCCCGUGGACACGGUGUGGACCCCAACACUUUUGACUUAAAAGGGUCCCCACAUGGGAUGCUGCGUCAUACGCAGGACUCAUGCUCACUGGCGUGUAUCCGUGUCACUGAGUGCUGACGGGUGGGGUCCCAGCGGUGAGUUAAGAGCCCCCCACGUAGCUGCCGCGCGCGCCCUCUGCCUGCCCCUCUGGGGUGUUCACCAUCUUGACCGCACGUGGGACGUUCUUGUGACAGUGAGACUGGACUAUAAAUACGUCAGCUGAGCUGAGUUUACUAUGAAUUGGUUUAUGAAAAGUCUUUGAACACAGAGCGAUUGGUGUUGCUUGAACGCACCCAGCUUUGUUCAGAACGGAAAUGACGGUUGGUGUCCCUCUGGGGGUACAAGUGUUAGCGUGUGGGGCGCGUCACAAAUCCAGCCUGUUCUAUCAGCAGUCACAGCCUCUGUCAUGGAAAGUGGACUCUAUCUAAUGUCUGUGUCAUGUAUGCACCUAAAUUUUAAUUCCCUUUAAAUAAAACAUCUGCCACAGCUGUCAA